GAUUCGAUGUUGAAUCUGAAGCGGGCUGUACCCGUUUUAACAUCGAACCAGAUAGAGAUAUAAGCAAAGCAGUCAGGAGGGUCUUCCAGUGUCUGUGCAGUCCUGAAUCGAUUUUGUGAAAAGGGGCUUCGAUUCUUCUAUAUCUCAUCCCACUGGUUCUUGAAUAGAAUUACAGAAAGAAGAAGCUAUGGCAGGACAUGAUGAUUCAGUUUCAUCUGAGAAGAAAUCAAGUGAGGCUGUGAAUGAUAUCCCAACCUUCAAUGCUGAGAAUAUGCAGAACAACAUGAAAGCUGUCUAUUACAGCCGAACAUUUAUGUCUAUUAUGGGUGGAGUCAUUGCUGGAAUUUUGGGAUUUACUGGCUUGAAUGGAUUUAUCUUUUAUUUUCUUGUCAUGGCAAUUACUUCAGUAGGACUCAUAGCAAAGGCAGGGUUUUCCAUCCAUUCAUAUUUUGAUUCCUGGAACCAGAUUAUACUUGAUGGCAUUUUGGGCGGGCUUAUGUCUUUCGUGCUGUUCUGGACAUUUGCUUAUGACAUUGUGCAUAUAUUCUGAGGGCAUAUCUGCUACAACCUACAUGGAAUGGAGGAGAAGAUCAUGCUGUCACUGCUAGCUGCUAUCAUAGACUUCAAUAACUUGCUAUCCUGUGGCUUUGCGAGGAGGAGAUGAGAAGACACAUUUUCAGCUUUUGACAUCUUGUACUCUUGUUAAACCAUUUGAGUGUGCGCCUUUUGUGUACUCGAGUUUAAUUAAAAGUAAUUGUUUGGCUUGAUAGAAAUUGUUAGAAGUUUAGAUUUUUGUUAACUUGGGAAAUCCAACUCCCUGCUUGUCAACUAUUUUGUGUUACAUUGGCAUAUGGACACAAAUAUUUGUGUCAAUGAUAUCCUAACAGUGAAAUUUUGGUAUUUAUUCAUGCUUCCUCA